CCUACCCCCCCAAAUUUUGCUCGCCCAGGGUUUUAGCCUCCGCCGCCGCCACCUCCUCCCUCUCCCACGCGUAGAGCGCAGCGAGCGACGGCGAGAUCGACGCCAUGGUGCAGCGCCUGACCUACCGGAAGCGGCAUAGCUACGCCACCAAGUCGAAUCAGACUAGGAUCGUGAAAACCCCAGGAGGGAGACUCGUUUACCAGUACACCAAGAAGAGGGCGAGCGGGCCCAAAUGCCCGGUCACCGGCAAGAAGAUCCAGGGGAUACCUCAUCUAAGGCCUGCUGAGUACAAAAGAUCCAGGCUAUCCAGGAACAGGAGGACUGUCAACCGUCCAUAUGGUGGUGUUCUAUCUGGUCAGGCUGUUAGGGAGAGGAUCAUCCGUGCUUUCCUUGUUGAAGAGCAAAAGAUCGUGAAGAAGGUUUUGAAGAUCCAAAAGACCAAGGAAAAACAACCAUCCAAAUGAAAUGGCUGAAUCUCUUUAUACUCUUGAAAUUUUUCGGUGGGUGAUGGUGAUUAGUGUGGAGUCAGGCUUGUGGUGGUUACUGAAUUAAACUAGAGAUUUCGACCCAUUUUCCCUAUGUUCCAAGGUGGGAAAAAAAUUCUGGACAUGGUUUCCCUUGUUCUUUUGUGGUUGAGUACUUGGGUUAUAUAUCACGGUUUCUGGCUACCGAAUAUCCAUUGCACAAUUUCUAUACAGUUUUGAAACAUAUAUGCUUUGCUCUGCUGCAUUCUGAUGGCC